AUGAAGGACUAUCUCAGCUCAGGCGGUGAGAGCCCGUAUUAUGACUUGGGUGAAUAUGGACGUGAAAUCCAUACAACAUCGCAGGAAGCGCAAACGUGGUUCAAUCGUGGCCUUGUGUGGUGCUACUCGUUCAACCACGAAGCGGCUACGCAAUGUUUCGAGACGGCAGCUGUACAUGAUCCCAAUUGCGCAAUGGCGUAUUGGGGAAUUGCAUUUGCUGUAGGUCCCAACUACAACAAAUCUUGGCGAAUGUUCACACCGGACGAUCGUCGCAGCUCCCUGGAAAAGAUACUCGGUGCCUUGGCAUGCGCAAGGAAAGUACAGGUCGAUGUCCCACCCAAGGAAAGAGCACUCAUUACUGCACUCACCGCUCGCUUUCCGUGCAGUAAUACGGCCAUUCCAGCUGACUUAUCGCAAUUCGACUAUGCAUACGCAGAAGCUAUGCGCCCGGUCUACGAAGCUUACAGAGAAGAUCUCGAUGUGAUGACUCUGUUCGCUGACGCCAUCAUGUGUACUCGUCCGCGUCAGCUCUGGGACCUCAAGACUGGGAAAACGACAGGGACAGAUAUAGAUGAGGCAAGAGCCGCAUUAGAAAAGGGACUAGCAUACACUGACGGACAAAAUCAUCCUGGCCUGUGCCAUUUGUACAUCCACAUGAUGGAGAUGUCGCCCUUUCCCGAACUGGCUUUGAACGCAGCCGACAGUCUGCGACGGAUGGUACCAGAUGGUUCCCACAUGCAGCACAUGGCGACACACAUCGACACUGCUUGUGGCGACUACCGUCGGGCUGUUGAUUCCAAUUUCAACGCUAUACUUGCAGACGACAAAUACUUCGCACGCGGAGAUACAGCAUCUCUGAUGUACACUGCCUACCGAGCACAUAACUGCCAUGCCAUGGCUUAUGCUGCCAUGAUGUCUGGCCGCUCUGGUGAUGCACACUAUGCCGCCAAGCGGCUGUCUGAGAUCUUGACUCUGGAUUUCAUGUCGAUCGAGACACCAAGCAUGGUCGAUUGGACUGAAUGGCAAUUAGUGACAUUGCCUCACGUAAUGGUUCGUUUUGGCCAAUGGGAAGAGAUCAUUAAACUUCCGAUGCCAGCAAACCCACAGCUUCUUUGCGUAUCUACAGCGACAGUACAUUAUGCAAAAGGAAUCGCCUACGCUGUGCUUGGGCGCAUCAAAGAGGCUUGCCACGCAAGAGAUGCCUUCGAAAUGGCCCGUCAGGCUGUACCUGCAUAUCGAAUGUACGGUUAUUCUCCAGCAGAUGCAGUCCUUGCAGUAGCCUCAGCAAUGCUUGAAGGCGAGCUGGAGUAUCGUAAGGGCAACUUUUCAAAAGCGUUUGCCGUUCUACGCCGUGGCAUUGAGAUGGAGGAUGGUCUUGCCUACGCUGACCCGCCACUCUGGAUGCAACCCGUUCGCCACGCUUUAAGUGCACUACUCCUCGAACAAGGACAGUCUGAGGAGGCGGAAAGGCUCUACUCAGAAGACCUGGGCUUGAGUGACACUUCUUCCCGUCGCGUGGCACGUGUCAACAAUAUAUGGGGUCUGCAUGGCCUUCAUGAAUGUUUCAUGCUGAAUGGCAAACUACAACAAGCCCAGGGUAUCCGCCUUCAGCGCGACAUCGCUAUGGCUUAUGCCGACAUUUCUAUUAAAGCUUCGUGUUUCUGUCGAGUGAAGGCUAUGGAAGUGAAGAACGCCUGUCAUUCCACCUAA